ACUUACUUAUGUAAAAAUAGAUCUGCAUUUAAAAUCCUAUAAUGUAAUUUACCACUUAAUGUAAAAUAUGGCGACAGUAGUGUUAAAUCGUAGAGAAAUAGGAAUAACAGAAACUGGUUCUAUUGUUGAUGUCUUAGACAAUGAUACAGCAAAACUCAUGUAUUAUUUGAGUGUAUUGUGUAAUGUUUUAGGAUUGGAAGAUACGGAUUUCAAUAUUGAAAGAUUAAGUGAUUACAAAAAUUACUAUAUGUUGACAGAAGACGAGAAAGUAAUACUUAUUGUACUGUGUGGCUAUUUAUCUCCCGACAAGAUGGUCGGCAAGUGUAUCUUCAAUUCUGAAGAGCUUUGCCAGGACGUUGGAAACCGAUUUUUUACCUUAAACAGUUCGGAGAUUUCAUUUGCUGCUGCAGAAAAUGUGUUUGUCGGAGCAGUUGAAGUAACUGUGAAGAAGAUAAUGGUCUAUUCCAUGUCAUGGAUGAGGAGAAAUUAUAUACAUCCGAUUAGCAACGUUCUUGGUAUUACUCCUACAAGAAAUCAACAAUCAAUUACGUAUAGGAACAGGCCAGCAAUUACUACAAGGUCAGCUACACCACAAAUACACAGGAACACAACAAGAAACAAUGUUAACUGGUAUUAUACAUCUACAUCGGAAUCUUUGGACUGUUGUGUUAUUUUGUAAGCUCUAUCAAGAAAUAAUGAUGCCUGAAAGAAGAAAAAAAAUAUUAAUGUGAUAUAUCUAAUAAC